CCGGAGAGGGGAAGGAGCAGCAGGAGACGAGUGGAAUACGUCGCCCCCUCUCCCCUCCCCCUCCCCCUACUUUAGCCCUUCUGCGCACUUCGCCUCCAAGUCUCCGCGCAGCCAGGAGCAGCUCCCGCCUUCGCGCCCCUGCGCCCCUGCGCUCUGCCCCCAGAGCGAAAAACAGCGAGCCCCGCUGCCCAGGCCCCCCCGUGGGGCCGGGGCCGGGGGCCAGCAUGGAUCACCUGGGUCCGCACCAUCUCCACCCGGGCCACGCGGAGCCCAUCAGCUUCGGCAUCGACCAGAUCCUCAACAGCCCGGACCAGAGCGGCUGUAUGGGGCCAAACUCACGCCUCCAGGACGGAGAAUACGGCCUUGGCUGUUUGGUCGGAGGCGCCUACCCUUACGGAGGCGGGGGACCUGUGGCCGGGGCGGGGGCUGGGGGUGCGGGGGCCUAUGGAGCAGGCGGCCCGAGCGGUCCUGGUGGCCCCGCUGGUGGCGGGGGCGGCGCCUGCAGCAUGGGCCCUCUGGCCGGCUCCUACAACGUGAACAUGGCCUUGGCGGGCGGCCCGGGUCCGGGCGGCGGCGGAGGCGGCAGCGGCGGAGGGGCGCUGAGCGCUGCGGGGGUGAUUCGGGUGCCCGCGCACAGGCCACUAGCUGGAGCAGUGGCCCACCCACAGCCUCUGGCUACCGGCUUGCCAACCGUGCCCUCCGUGCCUGCCGUGCCGGGCGUCAACAACCUCACGGGCCUCACCUUUCCCUGGAUGGAGAGUAACCGCAGAUACACAAAGGACAGGUUCACAGUGGCCCUCUCACCCUUCACUGUAACACGCCGUAUAGGUCACCCCUAUCAGAACCGGACGCCCCCCAAGAAGAAGAAGCCGCGCACGUCCUUCACGCGCCUGCAGAUCUGCGAACUGGAGAAGCGCUUCCACCGCCAGAAGUACCUGGCCUCGGCCGAGCGCGCCGCCCUGGCCAAGGCGCUCAAAAUGACUGACGCGCAGGUCAAAACCUGGUUCCAGAACCGGCGGACAAAGUGGAGGCGGCAGACCGCGGAGGAGCGUGAGGCCGAGAGGCAGCAGGCGAACCGCAUCCUCCUGCAGCUGCAGCAAGAGGCCUUCCAGAAGAGCCUGGCGCAGCCGCUGCCUGCGGACCCGCUCUGCGUGCACAACUCGUCGCUCUUCGCCCUGCAGAACCUGCAGCCGUGGUCUGACGACUCGACCAAGAUCACCAGCGUCACGUCGGUGGCGUCGGCCUGCGAGUGAUUCUGCCCAUUCCACUCCGGAGACCCCGGCCCAGCCAAGGGGUCGCCGCCACGGCCUGAGAGCCGGGACUGUCUUCGACUCCACCGGCCUCGGACUGCACGCCGGAGGAGAACGCUGCCCCGCUCACAGGCGUCUGCGUGCGCGGAAACUUCUCUCUUCGGUGGAAAAGGAGAAAGAAAGCACAGAGGACAAGGACCGGCGACCUCCUCCCAAACUCCCAGGCGGUCCUGCGCCCGCUAGAACUGUUCAGAGUCGGUCUCAGUUGCGUCUGUUUUAUUUUAUUCUGAUUUUUAUCGUGGGACCGAUCAAGAGAGGCAGGGGAAGAGGAGCUUCUGGGGUCCCCUGAGGACAGCAUGGGCUGUCAUUUGAACCUCGCUCUGUAUCCCACUCCUCAUCACACACUGACACCCAUAGGCCCACACAGAAAUGAUCUCACCGUCCCUCGUGGUGUCACCCCAGAGUCACACACAGGGGACCUAUGGCAGAGUGUCAUGCACACACGGGGCCAUAGCCUUCUUACCCUUUUUCCUCACCAUCUGGCCUAGGCCAGGAGUGACCUGGACUCAUUCUGAGCAGCAUUCCAAACAGCACUUCUCGUAAACACAAGGCCACGGCCACACUGUGACAUGCCAUCCCACACACAACAGCCACCACAGCAUCGCUUGGCCUGCCAGACCUCCAGCACCCCUCCUAGCCGCACCAGGUACGCACAGCCAGGUUUCCACACAGACUCAGCCUAUUUCUCCAGAUCCCAUUCAUGGGGGGGUUUAAGUUAUGCACUUAUAAGGUGUUUUCUGUGUAACCAUUUUAUAAAGUGCUUGUGUAAUUUAUGUGAAAAAAAUAAAACCCUCCGGAUCCGGAGUUAGGGCUGCCUGCUCCUUGC